ACGUCGCACGUUUAUACUCCGUUGUCUCGUGUUUGCUUCCAGUCGUGAAUUAAUAUCUGGCCUUUAUUGAAAGCGAGGAUGCCAUACUUACAGAUCCAAACAAAUAUACCAGCAGCGAAAAUUCCCGAUGACUUCCUGAAAAACUCGACAACUGUGUUGGCAGAUAUGUUGAAAAAGCCAGAAUCGUAUAUUUGUGUUUGCAUCGAACCUGGCCAGUUAAUGACUUGGGCUGGAACCAAAGAGCCUACGGCAAUUGUUCAGCUAACUAACAUAGGAAGACAUGAUGCUGAGACGACAAAAAGAUACACCGAAGUCCUUGGRAAGUACCUCGUCGACGAGUUAGGUGUCCCACAGGACAGGAUGCACCUGAUCUUUCAYACAAAAGAUAGGUUUGAAGUUGGUUUCAAUGGGAAAACAUUUGCUCAAUAAUUCCAUGACAGCUCAUUAUAGAUUUCAACAAUAGAUGAUGAUUGAACUAGAACUCUAAGAGUGAUUCUGUGAUGUAGAAAGGGUAAAUUAAAGUAGUUUGUGUGCAGCAUAAUCCCAUAAUUUGAAUUCUUAGUUCAAUGGAUCUGCAUAUUACAACAGAUAAUUCAGUUGAAAGAAAGUUUUGAACAAAAGUAUUAGUAAUUCAUGUUUUAGUAGAAAUUUUAAACAAUUUUUUUUCCUAUUCCAUUGCUAUGGAAAUAUUAAUUAUGAUGAAAGACUGUUUGUUUUUUUAAAUUCAAGUGAAAGUUUGCAACACUUUUUUCUGUCAUCCAUUGAAAUAGACAGAUUUUGUAAUAAAAAAAAACAUUGUGCAAAAUAAAUAAUUAUAGAUGCAAAAUAAAGAAAAUUAUAUUCAA